AAAUAAAAACUCUUUAAUAUUGCAAAAAUUAAAAAAGUAAUAAAAAAGACUAAAAAAGUAAUAACAUAGAGUAAAUAAAAUACAGUCUAACUUCAUCAAAUAAAAUGUCUUAAAUGCGUGACUAUCAACACAAGUCCUCACCAUACUUGUAUACUAGAGUACAACAUGCAUGCUGGGGUGCAUUUUAAGCAGGUUACACCAUUUCAGAGCUUGGUAUAGCAUUUGGGCAUCUCGCAUUGCUCUAUGACAUUCACGAAAGUGAUUAAAGAAACUAUUGCACCUUAGUUGUUACUAUCUUAUCAGUCAGUGCCUUAAUCAGUGCUUACUUGUCUUAGUUCUUAAUGCAUAAAAUGGAACGUCGUAAAUUUAUGAUUAUUGCUGAUUUAUUCUUCUUACUUGCUUCAGGUUUAACUUAAAUCAACCAAUGGUGGGUAUUCAUGUUUGCAAGAUUAGUUAUGGGUAUUUCUGUCGGUAUGAAUACAUCUGUAAUUUCUUUAUAUAUUAGAGAAAUCUCUCCUGAUAAUAUGGCUGGUAAAACUGGUGCCUUAUUUUAAGCAAAUGUUAACCUUGGUAUUAUAUUUGGUUUUAUUUUAAAUCUUCCUCUUAAGAGUGUAGUCAAUGUAAGCGAAGUCACUGAUAUCUGGCGUCUUGUUUUCUUAUUCCCUGCUUUCUUCUCUGUUAUUCGUAUUUUCGUUAUGCUCUUUGUCUAUAAAAUUGAUACUCCUUACUACUAUUACCGUAACCACCUUAACACUCUUGGUCGUAAGGCUGUCGAGUAGAUUUACAAAGAAAAAUAUGUCCUUUCUUAAGAACAAGUCCACCUUGCUCCUGGUUCUGUUGACUUUACUGAUAUGUCUACAGGUGACUAAACUCUCAUUACCGAAAGCGAAUAAUCUUACAAGAACAGACUCAAAGUUGGUAUGAUUACCAAUUUCCUUUAAUAAAUGUGUGGUAACACUUAUUUGGCUGUAUAUUCUACUGGUGUCCUUAGUUUGGUAACCAGUGAUUUUUACCACAUGCGUUCCUUUGUCCUUGGUUCAUAUAUUUUCCUUUUCUUCGUUUCAACCCUUGGUGUUAGUUUUAAUAGAAAGCUUGCAAGAAAGAGAUAUCUUGUCGGAGGAUUCCUUUUCUGCUCUCUUUGCCAAGUAGGACUUGCAAUUAUUGCCUCUUUCAAAGAAGAUGUCUAAAAUAAUUCAACCCUUCAAUUCUUGUUAGUCUUAUUCUUAUUUUUCUUCUAUGCUGCUUAUAACUUCUCAGUAGGUCCAGUUACUUCUAUUUACACUUCUGAUAUCUUGAAGGAUGAAGGUAUGAGUUACAGUAUUGUCAUGAACUGGCUUGGUAAUGUCAUCUCUUUAACACUUUUCCUUAACACUUAAGUAUAUGUAAAUUGCAUAGUCUUUGCUACAUCUGCACUUUGCGGAUUUGCUUUCUGUUCAAAGUAUGUAGUCGAAACCAGAUAUAUGAACUUUAACGAUAUCCAAAAAACUUAUUAAAAUAACUAUGAAAUGAACGUAAAGCAAUAAUUGGAUACAUCAUAGGUAUUAAACGACAGCGUUAAUAACAACUCUAUAGUUUGCAGUCUUAAUAACAAUAACUCAAUCGUUAAUAGCAAAAUGUGAAAACUGCUAAAGCGAAUAUUUAAUUUUAAUAUAGUUAUACUGCUAUAUUUAGUUAUAAAUUUAUUAACUUUUUACUAUUUUUUCAAUCUUAAAAUCAAUCUAUCAACAUCUUAAAGUUUAUAAAGAUGAGCGAAUGAAUCUAUGAAUAAUUAAAAACUAUUAUAAAAACAUGCAUAAAAGCAUUAAAUUUGGUAAUAUCAACCAUAUAAAUUUAAGUGUAAUUUUCUUUAUUUUAUAUAAAGUAACUUUCUUAAAUGUAUUUUAAUCAUA